GAGAAAUUUACUAUUCUUCUGGAAGAUUUCAAAGCCUUCAAAGCUUCCUCCAAAGUUGGGAAAAAAGAUGCUUAUGAAGAAGGUGUAAAUAAAGAUGAGAAGGAACUUGGGAAGCAACUCUCGAUCCUAAAGGCUAGCCUUUUCAAGAAGAGUCGAGAUAUGGCUCUGUCCGCUGCUUGAGUGCCAUCAACUUCCGAAACCUUAUUCAGGGCACUCGGUAUCUACCCUAUCCCGAGUGUAAGGGCUUUAGAAUAAAUUCAACCUCUAUAGUCCUAGCUGAAGGCACUUUUGAUAGGACGCCUCCCCAAACUUCUGACGACCAAGUCUCGACAAAAAAAUGAUUAAAUAAUUAAAAAUUUUAUGGAUCUCAUGACAUUUUUAGAAAUUAUAUGAAUAUUAUUUG